AGAUUUUGUGUUACGUUCUGCCAUUGGAAAAUCCUGGAGGGACUGAACAACCCAUCUUGUCGAAGUUCACCACGUUACAGUCAAGUGGCUGAGUGUUGCCCGAACCCGGCGCACAGUGAUUACGUCAGCACGCUUGUCAAACUAAAAAAAGGGAAAAAGCAGUGAAUCGGCACAAUCUAUUGCAGUGCAUUGGUGAGUAAACCCCACAAACACAGUUUACCAGGAGACGACAGUUUCAUAAUCAUCGAGGACGUUUCGGUUCUGGUUUGUCCGGAGGUUGUGUGUGAAAAUGGAGGCUUAUUUAAAGAGCUGUCGGGACGUGCUUAAGGGUCACAUGAAGAACAGCUCUGGGCAGCUCCAUGUUGUGCUUGGAAAUGAGGCAUGUGAUCUUGACUCCAUGGUAUCAGCCCUCACUUUUGCCUAUUUUCUGUCAAAGACUAUCGACUCUGGGAAAGCAGCAGUGCCUGUGCUGAACAUCCCACGAGCAGAAUUUCCCUUGCACUCUGACAGUGCUUUCCUGCUGAGAGAGAGUGGCCUGUCCCAGGACUACCUGCUGUUCAGGGAUGAGGUGGAUUUACACAGUCUGCAAAAUCUGGUCAUCACAUUAGUGGACCACAAUGUUCUGCCUGAUGCUGACAGGACAUUGGAGAAUGCUGUAGUGGAAGUCAUUGAUCAUCAUCGUUUAGAAAGAACCCCAUCUCCUUUCUGUCCCGUCACCACGGAGACCGUGGGCUCCUGUGCCACCCUGGUUACAGAGCGCAUUGUCCAGAAGGCACCCGAGCUGCUGGACCAACAGGUGGCACAGCUCCUAUAUGGUACGAUUAUCACGGACUGUGUUAAUAUGGCACCUGAGGCUGGAAAAGUCACACCUAAAGACAGCCAAUAUGUCAGCCUUCUAGAGAGCCGCUUUCCAAAACUCCCUCGCCGGAGCAUCCUCUUUCAGUCUCUACAGAAUGCCAAGUUUGAUGUGUCAGGCCUUAGCACAGAGCAAAUGUUGUUGAAAGACAUGAAGACUGUAUCAGGAGGAGAUCUGAGACUGGCUGUCAGUGUUAUCUACAUGACACUCGAGGAUUUCCUGCAACGAGAGUGCCUACAACAGGAGCUUUGUGAAUUCUGUCAUAAGCAUAAUUACAAUCUGGUUGUGGCCAUGACCAUCUCUUUCAUCGACAAUAAGGAGCCUUUCAGGCAGAUUGCUGUUUACAGCUCCAGCACGCACAACAGGGAUGAGGUAAUCAAAGCACUUGAAAAAGCCAGGAACCCCCAUCUGAAUCUCAGUCCCAUGAGCAGUCCAUAUUCAGACGUGAAGGCGUACGUUCAGGGCAACACACUGGCCUCACGGAAGAAGGUGUUACCCAUCAUUUCAGACUUCCUUAAAGACAGAGAGAGGAAAAUGGAACAGCUGGAGGACCUGGACCUGGAGGAUGAGUGCACACAAGAGCAGGGGGACUCUCAGCAGUGCUGUGAGGACAAUGUGAUUGAAGAGGACUCUGGUGUUCCUCCAACACCCAUGAAUAGUCUGGUCGAAGGCUGUCCUUUGGAUAAUGGUCUUCCCAAAAUCAAUGCAGACGUUCUGGUAGAAAAAGUCAGCAAGAUAGUCACUGAGGAGGACGAUGAUGGCCCAUGAUGGUACACUAGUUUUGUUAUGGAUCCUCAUAGCCUCUGAUGUCGGAAGUUGGCUGUUGGAGAAAACUGGUUCUUCUGGUUCAAGUAUGCACAGCAUAUACAGCUAACACAGGGCAUGAAACAUGAAACUGCUCUUUUCUGACUGAGGUUCAUUGGGAAAGCAAACGUUCCUGGUGUCUUAGACAUGGUACUCAGAGGUUAAAAUAAAGAACUGAUGUAUGUUCAACAUUUGGACAUAAUUAUUUGUAUUAUUUUUUUUGUGUAAUAAUUUUUGCUUGUAUUAUUUUAGGCUGGCUGCUCAUGCCAUGGGUUCUUCAGCACAUUCUAUUCAGCAGGUUUAUUUAAGAAAUAUUUCAGGUCCUCUGUCAUACUAAUCUCAAUCUGACAAGAGCAUAAAUGUAGGAAGUAAUAAUAGUAGUAAAAGUUUCAUUACUACUGAUGGGAUUUCAUCAUUUAAAGUGAUCAUCUAAUAAUCAAUGUUUUUUAUCUAAAGGCUGCCAACACACACUUGCCUUCAUAAAGAACUUCAUUAUUCAUUCAAUGCUUUAUUCCUUUUUUUUAGUAAUCUUUUCUGACUUAGUAUUUAUAAACAGUCCUAGAGGGAAAUAUUGGGUGCAUUAGAUUACAUUUAGCUUAAAGAAACACCCUUGAAUAUCAUUCACUGUGGGUUUAAAAGAAAAAAAAAAGUAUGGUUACAAAUUUGGGUUUGAGUUUUAGUGAAGACCUGUGCUGUGCUGAUGCAUUACGCUUGCACUUAUAUUUCAGUGCAUGAAUAAUAUUCAUAUUGCUUACACUUGAACAUCAAUACUAGAUGUUCUGCUUCCACAAGAUAUUACUAGGAAGGCACAGAAAGCAUUUCUGAUUUCAACUAAGGUCAUCAGGUUUUAGUCACAUCUGUGAAAGUGCACCUGUACUAUUAAACAUUUAACAUUAUCUAUUUAAAUUUUGCCGCAGAAGCAAAGUAAUUUGAUGCAACUGAACUGAAGCUCAAACUGCUUGCAUGCAAACAUAAUCUUAUUUCAUGAAAAGACUUUUCUACUAAAGACCAAAGAGUAUUAAUGCAAGUAUCAGCUUGUUCAGUAUUCAUUUCUACAUAGUUAAUUUGCACCUAGCUUUAUUAUCUUAAUAAUCAGUUUUUAUACAAUUAAUUUCAGUGUUAAUGCAGUUAUUAGGCAUGCCAUGCAGGGAUGGUGUGCGUGUUUUGUAUUUUCUUUUACUGCUUGGGAGGAAAAAUAUUUUUAUUGUUAAAAUCAACUGACAAUUAUUAACUAGUAUUAUUAGCAUGCCAAGAGAUCUAUUUAUUAUGGUUUAAUUAAAUCGAAAUAAAUUCUGCGGUUGAUUGCAUAGAGUAGUUAUGUUUAAGACAAUCAAGUUUAUGAUGUAUCACAGGUAUUGUACUGGCAGCUUUUGGAUACAUAACAUUUUAUUAGGAUAUUUCGUUAUAUUUUUAAGGACCCAACCUAAGUGGCAUGAAACAUGUUGACACGGGACAUUGGUGAGAGUUUUUGUAGUUAAACAACAGGAUAAAUGUCAAUUCAAUCACUGUGAAUAAUUCUUGGCUGUAUAUAAAGGACUUGGAGGGCAACGUGUAUAUUUCGGAGAGUUCUACACAAUGCAUAUGGCAGAUUCUGUAUGUACAUUGUUGUCUAUGGGUUUAUUGUUUGAUAGGGGAAGAAUACACUCAAGACCACUUUAUUAGGAAUACCUGUAUGCCUGCACAUUCAUGCAGUUAUCUAAAAAGCCAAUCAUGUGACAGCAGCACAGUGCAUAAAAUCAUGCAGAUACAGGUCAAGAGCUUCAGUUCAUGUUUACAUCAAACAUCAGAAUGGAGAUAAAGUGUGAUCUCUGUGAUGUUAACUGGUUUGGAUAUUUCAGAAACUGCUGAUCUCCUGGGAAUUCCACACACCGCAGUCUCUAGAGUUUACACAGAAUAGUGUGAAAAACAAAUGCAUUGAGUGAGCGAUAGUUCUGUGGGCGGAAAAGAUAGGUCAGGGAAAAUGGUCAGAUUGGUUUUAGCGGCCUGGAAGGAUAUAGUAACUCGUAUAAUCACUCUUCACAACUGCGGUGUGUAGAAAAGCAUCUCAGCAUGCACAACACUUCAAAGCUUGAGGUGGACGGGAUACAACAUCGCCAGGAACAGGAAUCUGAGGCGAUCAUGGGCACAGACUCAUCCAAACUGGACAGUUGAAGAUUUUAAAAAAUAAAAAUAAAAAAUCACCUGGUCUUUUUACAGUCUUCGAAGGUCCAUAGUCACCCUGAUGUGGUCUUCUGCUGUUGUAGCCCAUCCAUCUCAAGGUCUGAUGUGUUGUGCGUUCUGCUAACCAGAGUUUUUAUUUGAGUUACUGUAUCCUUCCUGUCAGCUCAGACCAGUCUGUAAAUUCUCUGAUCUGCCCCCAACCCCCAAUGUUUGAUGUGAACAUUACUUGAAGCUCUUGACCUGUAUCUGCAUGGUUUUGUGCAUUGUGCUGCUGCCACUUGAUUGGCUGAUUUAGAUAUCUGUAUGGAUGUGCAGGUAUACAGUUGUUCCUCAUAAAGUAGACAGUGAGUGUAUAUUUUCCUCAGAAUCUCAUUUAGCUAGCAGUCAAUAUAAUAUAUCAAAAGAGGUGACAAUUUAAGAGCAGAAUUACACAAGCUGUAUGGUUCACACGAAGUGUAUAUGUGGUUUAAAUAACGCUAGACAAUCAUACACUGGUGUGUUAAUCUUUCAUCUGCCUGUUAAUUCUAAGGCUUUUCUCAAUUCAAGGCGUUGCUGGACCUUUAAAGUUGUGAUUUUUUUUAAAUGUAAUAAAUAAAACAAUUGUUUGGUGUUUGCAAA